UUCCGACAUUGUCUGUUCAAAGAACGAAUGUUUAUUUUCAGCUACGAAAAUCUCUUUGGUUUCCAUUGCUAAGGACGAUUUUCAGGUCAAAAUAUUCCGCAAAAACUUUAUAGAUUUGUAUACUUAUGUGCGCAAAAUGCGCGCAGUAUUAAAUUGGUGCCGAUCAGUGACGUUUAAUGCUAAGGCUAAAUUUAAUUAUAUUUAGCUUUUCGAUUUUAGUGUUAUUUUCCGUGCCAACGAAAAAAUAAACGUUCGUAAUCAUAUAUGCGAGAAAAUCGGAAAAAUCAUGAAUUUUGUUACCAGUGUUUUCAAGAAAUACAUCAAUAAGAAUGAAAUCAAGCAGCAGGAUAACGAAAGGCCUGCAAAUAAUGCAGAUCAACUCAAACCAUCGAAAAAAAGUGAUGCGGAAAAACAUCCUCCAGUUACAUCAAAUAGCGCAACAACUGGCCAAAUUAUCGAUACAAAACCAACUGAAGAAGAUGAAACGUUUCAGGACGCUGUAACAGGCUCAGAUUCUAUAAUAAACACCAGGGAAACUAGAAAAAAUGAACAAACAUUCCUUGCAAGUACGCAAAUCUCAGGCCAGUUAUCAACUCAACCUAGCGUAAAUCAGUCCUUCACAACGAAAACCCCACAAACUCCGCCAUCCAGAGAAAAACAGAUAAUCAAAAUGCAGGAUUCGGAAACUGAAAUAUCCCAACAGGAGCUGAAGAUCCAGCAAAGAGAUUCGAUCACUUUCAAUAUCACAGAAGCCGAUUCCUUGAACACCAGCAUGGUGGAUAGCUUAGAAGCUCCCAAUGCAGAUGGUUUGCUUCCAAACCACGAGCUUAGUGAUAGUCUGGAAGUUCUGGAAUUUGAAAGCAGCAGAGAGUCUUCAACUGAACCGGCUACAUUUAAUGCGGAAGAUUCAAACGACUACGUUUCGUUAAGUUAUAUUCUUGACGACUCUAUAGAGAACUCAUCAUCAGGUAACACAAUUCUAGAAAGUUCACUGAAUGUGAAAAGAAGCCCAUUAGAAAUGAGUGGAAUUUCGCUCCCGAAGCGCAACCAUUCAGAAGAGCUCACAACCAGCAAAUCGGAAGGAGCGCUAGAAAAUCUCAUCCGAAGCGUGAAUGAAACUUUGGUUCUCGCUGAAAAUGCCCAUCAAACGAAUAUUGAAGAUCCAAAACAGUUCAACAUCGUGGAAAACUUGGAUGAAUUGGAACCAAAAAAUGCACUCGAAAACAUUGAAGAAAACGAGACUGUCCAUGGACUUGAGCCAAAGGAAAACAUUCCAAUUAAAAGCGACACGCUAAUAAAAAACGAUGCAGAACAAAAUAGUGUUGAAAGUGAAUUAAAAACAUUGACCAAAGAAGCAUCAGAAAUUGAACCAAAGCCGUACACCAAAAACAUAAAAAACCGAAACGAUUCGGAUGAAUGCCCGAAUGCUACGAAUAUUAAUGUCGAAGAUGCAGAUAUGCAUAAAAGUCUGGAAGGUGUAAGAGUUGUAGAUCCAAAAUGUCUUCCUCAACCAGGAAGUUUGGAAAGUUCAACCAAUGUGGAAAAAGCGAAGCCCAAAGAAAAAACUCCCGAACAGGAAGAUGCGGUUCUUUCAUUAGAAGAGAAACGGGAAACCGUCGAAGCAGAAACACCGGAACAAAUGAGUAAGGAGGAGCAAAUCAGAAUUUACGAGAGACAAGAAACGCAAGAACUCGACCACAUUAUAAAAAAACUAGAGGAGACUACUGUUACCAAAAGUGCAGCAAAUGAAGAAAACCGCGUUUCGCUCGACCGACAAGAUACCCAAGAAUUUGAGAAACUGGAAAGAAAUUUUGAAGAAAACCACGUUUUAUUUCACAGACAAGAUACCCAGGAAUUUGAAAAUCUUGAGAGAAAGUUUGAAGGAAUUGCUGAAAGCAACUCUUCUAACACUACAGACGAUAUCCUUGAUAUCCUGGUUGCAAGGAGUCAACAUUCUCAUGAUGAAAAUGGGAAACCAUCUGAUGAACUACACCGUUCUGAUAAACCGGAAAUUGUGGAUCUUAACAACCAGUUGGCGGAGGUCAAUAAAAACCAUGAAAAAGCCAAAGUCAAUAUUGAGUAUCAAAGGCAGGAUACGAAAGAAUUUGAAAACUUCGAACGGCAAUAUGCGAAUGACGUUUUAGAUCAAUUAGUUUCAGAAAAUAAUGAAGACAUCAGUGCAAAUAAAGAGCUGAAUAAAACCUCUGAAAGUAGCCAUCGUUCCGAUUUCCUGUUAAGCAUGAUUGAAUCUACAAAUAUUGAUACACCUUCUGAAGAAUUCAACCAAAAUAAAAGUAAUGAAGCUGUUGCAAUUGAGGAGGAUAAUCUGCAUUUCUCAGUAGAAAAUUGCAGUCAAAUACAGUCAAUCGCUAAUCAGAAUGCCGAAAGUAUUAAAGAGGGAGGAGAUGAAAAUGAAGUAGAGAUUAAUCAGGAAGCUAAAUCUUCACUCAAUGACCAAAUCAGAGAAGCUAAACCAAGAGCUGAAGAAAGGGAAGUGGUUGAAGCUAGUCAAAACGUCGAACAGUCGGAAACUGAAACAGCCGCAAAAAAUGAAACAAUCCAAAGCAGCAAAAGUGGAUUAGAAGCACAAAAUAAAAAUGCAACUACUGAUACAGAGCAGUCAGCAAAAACAGAAGAAAACAUAGCAGAAGUAAACGGAAGGGAUGAAACUGCAUACGGAUUGAAAACAGCAACCUAUAAAAAGUCCGUAAAUAGGAAAAACGCCCAAAGGAAAAAAGCUGCAAAAAAACACUUCGCUAAUUCUUCAGCCCCUGAUAGCAACGCUGCCCAGCAUAUAAAUGGCAGGGUUGGUAACCAAAAUAAUUUGGAGGAAAAGCUUGAUGCAGAACUAAAGCUGCCUGGUUUGGAGUCGACUGAGGACAAAAGAAAUGGGAAUAAAAACGAAGCUCUAAAUGAAAACGAAAAUUCUACAGAAAACAAGAAACUUGUUUCAACGCAAAACCAAAGUGCAGCAAAUAAUCAAACUAGAAACGGACUUGAUUUUGAGCAAGAUUCCAUCAAACCAGCUAACAAUAAAACUACGUUAAAAAUUGAGCACAGCAGCAGCACAAUUAACAAUUACAAAAAACUACUCGAGCAAUAUGAGAAACGAAUACUUGAGCAAAGCAUCGAACUAGAAAAGCUCAAAACUGAAUUAAGCACCAACUUUAGACAUUUCAACAAUACGGAAAUGGCAUUUUCCGACCUGUUUGAAAAAUACGAAAAAGCAAAAUCAGUGAUAACGUUGUAUAAGCAAAAUGAGGAUAUUCUAGUGGAAAAUAUUGAAAACGCUGAAGGGCAAUUGUCGCAACUGGAAUCAAAGUGCGCGGCGAUGAAACGACAAUCUUUGGAACAAAUUAGAAGGGCGCAACAAGAGACUGAAGACGAAAAACAAAGAUACAGGCGCGAUUUAUCAAACUUACAAGCUCAGGUGAAAAGAUUGGAAAUAAAAGCCGCAUCACUUGAAAUCGAGUUGAACCAAAAAACUGAAGAAUGUCAGGCACUAGCUAAUCUUUGUGACGAGAUUACCGGCAGGCAGUAAAAUAUGUUUUAUUGAAGUAAAUAGCUUAAUUUAUUAGUUCAGGCGCUAUUCUUGAGCGGGAUACGAUGGUGAAGGACUGAAAAAAUACGUUAAGUAGGUAGAAAAACAUUCGUUUAUUUUUAUAUAGUUGAUUGAAAUUUUACUUAACUUAGGACGUGUUUAGCAUACACACAUAUGUAAUAGAAACAUACAUAAUAUAAAAUGUAAUAAACAAUCCACAUAAUUGGACAGUGGACAUAAUAAAAAGCGACAUUAUUACCAAAAGAAAUGAGGAACCUCAGGCUGUGUACUUAGAUACCAGGUUAAUUGUAGACACAACUGUAGGUACACAAAAUAUAUUCGAAGGUUUUUGUUUCAUCUUA